GGGGGGAGGAGUCAUACGUCCGUCGGUCCGUCCGUCCACGCGAGAACGCGUCCGUCUCCGCGGCGGCGUCGGCGGCGGCGAGGAGGAUAACGCGAGGUGGAGAAGGUGGGGAUGGUGGAGAGGAGGGCGUCGCCGGCGGGGGGGCGGCGGCGGUGCGGGGUGAGGGUGGGGCCGACGAGGCUAGAGGGCCUGCCGGCGGCGUGGCCGGGCGUCGCGGCGGUGAAGGUGAAGUGGCCCGUCUCCGGCGGGGCGCUCUCGCAGAUGAUCCACGGGAGGUGGGCCCGCGGGGUCACCGCCGUCGAGGCCGUCGGCCGCGACGGCGCCGUCCGCUGGGACGACGCCGGCGAGGCCAACCGGUUCCGCUUCGACGUCGAGCCGGCCACCGCCGCCGCCGCCGCCGCGCGCGUUGGCCGGCCCGAGCGCGGCGUCUUCUUCUCCAUCCUCUAUGGAUUCCAAGAACAAGGAAGAGGCAAGGACCUGGUGAAGCUUGAGGAGAUUGGGACAGCCAUGAUAAACCUUGAGGAAUGCUGCUGGGAGAUGCAACUGCAGCAGCAGCAGAAAAGGGGGGCACCUCAGCAGCAGGUGGUGGUUGUCCCCAUCAGGGUGAGGAAGGAUGGAUGGGCAAGUGAUGCCAUACUUUAUGUAAAUGUGGAGCUUGUGUCUCUGAACACGCCUUCCGAGAGUAUCGGAAGGACGGUUUCAUUCAGGGAGAGCAGGGCGAGGACGAUCCCGGCACCGGCAAUGCGGGAUGAUCGGAAGAGCUUGGAGGCAGGGACGUACCAUGAGGUUCUUGAUCUGAAGCAGCUGCUCGAUCUGGCCGACAGGGAGCACAAGGUGGCGGUGUACAACAGGAGCAAGAGGAAUUCGGACAGCAGCAGCGUCAGCAGCAUGAGCAGCAGCAGCGCCAUCAGCAGCAUCAGCAGCGCCAGCUCGAGCGGCGGCGCCAGCCCUGAGCCCGGCCUGACGUCGAAGCGCCGGCUCCUCCCGUGGAGGAGGAAGAGCAGGGACUUCGACAAGAGGAGCAACGAGUCGCUGUCCCAAGAACUGCCCAUGAAAUUCAUGGAGGAUGAUCCGACCGGCAGCUGGGAGACGCGCGAGUUCACGAGCAGGGACGCGGAGACGAAGCUGAGGACGCCGGUGUUCUUCGCCUCGAUCGACCAGCGCGACGACAGCGCCGGCGGGGAGAGCGCGUGCACGGCGCUGGUCGCCGUGCUGGCGGCGGCGCUCCACGCAAACCACCCGACGAUGCCGACCAGGCCGGAGCUGGACGCGCUCAUCAGGGACGGCUCGUCGGAGUGGAGGCGGCUGUGCGACGACGAGGCGCACAUGGAGCGGUUCCCGAACAGGCACUUCGACCUCGACACGGUGCUCGCGACGAGGGCGAGGCCCAUCGCCGUGCAGCACGACAGGGCCUUCGUCGGCUUCUUCCAGCCGGAGAGCUUCGCGUCGCUCUCCGGCGCCAUGUCGUUCGACGACAUCUGGCGCGAGAUCAGCGCCUCCUCCUCCUCCGGCGCCGGUGCUGACGAGCCGGGGCGUGCAGACGUGUACAUCGUGAGCUGGAACGACCACUUCUUCGUGCUCAAGGUGGAGGGCGACUGCUACUACGUCGUCGACACGCUCGGCGAGAGGCUCUUCGAGGGCUGCGACAAGGCCUACAUGCUCCGGUUCGACGCCACGUCGGAGAUGCGCUCCGUGCCGCCGCCGUCGUCGUCGCCGGCGAAAGAAGACGAGGAGGUGAUCGUCACCGGGAAGGAGUGCUGCAGGGAGUUCAUCAAGAGGUUCUUGGCCGCCAUCCCGCUGAGGGAGGAGCUGGAGCUGGAGAAGAAGGGCUGCGCCGACGCGCCGCACCGCCGGCUGCAGAUCGAGUUCCACUUCACCGUCCUGAAAGAAGACGACGACCAAGCAAGAUGAUCAGUGGCAGCUCUGCUGCAAGCUGACUCAACUGUAGCCUGUAC